UUCAAUGAUAAGAGACUGAUAUACAUUCUAUCCAUUGCUGUUUGAAUUUAUUCAUUGGAAGAAGUCUCAAAUCUAAAUAUCUUUAUAUUGAAAAAAAUUGAAGUGAACUCUUUAUCGUUUAAAGUAAACGAAUGUUCAGACGUAAUAUAAUAUUGUUAUAUUUUGAAAAAUAAAAUAAUUUAUGCAAUAUUUCUCGAUAUUUCAAAAGAUGUUUGUUUUUCAUCUACUCCAUCUAGCGAUCAAUAUAAUGGGGGUAGAUCUGAAAAAUAGUGCAACAGUAGUAAAAGUGUCAUAAGUGUUCAUUUUUAUGAGUGUGCAAUAUACGAAAUAAGGCGAACGUUAAAUUUAUUUUUUGCAUCUACGUUGUAGAAAAGGUUCAGAUAUUCAAGAAAGAAAUUAACGAUUUAACAAGGAAAAAUGCACAGCCAGCUUCAACUAUCGGAUGUCUUACAACUCCGGAUAUCAAGAUUCAUCCUCGUACAGUGGAUGUAGAUUUCUAUGGAAGCGCUGCCGAGAAUGCUGAAUAUAAGCCAGAGCUUGGUUUCAGCCAGCACACUCAGAAGCAACCUGGCAAAGAAAUAUUCAUGGAAAGUUUUUUUUCGGAUGGCAAAUCGAGAGUUGCUCUAGUCGGAGGAGCCGGAUAUGGCAAAACCGAAAUGUCUAAAAGUUUCUCCGUUGAUGUGCUUGAUCAAAAGAUACCAGAGCUUAGAGGAGUCGAGGUUGUUCGUCACUUGAACUUUCGAGAUCUUCUAUCUAAGAAGGAGGUCAGUCUCGGAAAAUUAUUAUUUGGAGAUACAGAUUUGGAUGAAGAUGUUCGCAAUCAUGGUGUUGGAUGGAUCAGAUUGCAUUCCGAAAAGUUUCUUCUCGUAAUUGAUGGAGCUGAUCAAUACGCUUCCCCUCAAGAUCUUGGCAAAUUACGCGGUAACGCCAAUCACUAUGAGAAAGCAGAUCCCAAGCUCCUUAUAAAUCUCAUCCUCGCUCAAAAGCUUUUACCCGGCAUCAAGCUUCUCUACUCAUCACGUGAACACGUUUUACGUUUCUUCGAAGGAGAAGUCCGUCCUGAGAGAGUCAUUGCUUUAGCAGGUCUCGAUGAAGAAAGUGUGGAAAAGCUCAUUUACGCAUUUAGCGGAGAGCAUGGCGAAUAUGUCAUGAAUCGUCUCAAGAAAGAAGCACGCGGCUUACUUUCUCUUUGCUCAAUUCCGAUGUUUCUCGUUCUUACAGUAACCGUGCUGAUACUGUACAGAAACCUCAAUCCCAAAAAAAUGACCGACAUCCUGCUUCUUGUCUUGCUGAAUACCAUGAAAUCAGAGCAUAUGAGAGCUGGUGGAAGAGAGGAUGUAUCUAUUUACGAAGUGUUCAACAGGUUGAAGAAAAUGUCCUUUGACGGAAUGAGGAACAAGAAAGUUACUUUCGCCGAAUCAGAUUUACCGGAAGGAAUCACCAUUGAUCACUUGAAAGAUAUCAUGAUCCCAAUACCAAGAUCAAUUGGAAUCAACCAACGGCUCUUCGAAAAGAACUUUGUAUUCUUUUUCAUCCACCAGUCCAUUCAGGAAGCACUUUCUGCCCUUUACGUUGCUGAAAUGUCGACUAAGGAAUUCGAAAAGUUUGUUUCAACUGAACUCCAUUUAUCGCAUUGGGUCGUAGUUCGUCGAAUCUUAUGCGGCUCUAUAUUGAAUCCCGAGACAUCCAAGAUUGCAAUAGGAGAGGCAGCUGAUGUUGGAAUUCUUAAACAGGGUAUUGAUCUGAAGAAUAAGAGAUCGAUCUUGUUAUCAAGCUUGAAGGGUCUGAUUCGACCUGGCUGGUUUCAACGUAAGUUCAAAGGAACAGAGGCAGCACAGAGGGAAGAUCUACUCGAGCUCAUGCAUGCACUCGAUGAGUGUGGUAAUAGUGCUGAUGACGUCAUCAAAUCAUCCAUUCGUGAGAUUAGAUUCAACUACAUGCCUCUCACUCCAAGUGAUAAAUUCACUCUGGAAUCUGUUCUCGGUCGUUGUUCACGUCUCGAUGACCUAUGGCUGAGUGGUGUUCCUCUCACAUCAUCUGAUCUCAAACUCCUUGCUUCAUCAAUGCAAAGUUCGAAUAUCAAGGUCAGGAUUGAAUAAACCUACUAUUUGUUUGAAAUCGAAUUUAAUUUCACUAAAUCUAUCCAACAACAGUCCAUGAUAAUUGACAGGUGUUGCUUGGUAUGUCAUUGUAAAUGAAUUUGUAACAGUUGCAAUAUUGAUAAAUCACAGGUAAUAUCUGGUAAUUUUACAGAUAUUUUAGCAGUACCAGGCCUCUAAUGUUACUAUGAAAUUUUUAAUCAGAUGCUAAACUCAACAUUUCAAAUACUGAUUGAC